UUCAGCCAGCUAAAAGGAGUUAGGAUGUACUGACGCACUGAUAUUCUCACACUUCAAAGAUGAUGAUGCUAGUGGUGUUCUCUCUGGUAUGCAUACUGCAACAUCAAGUUUUUGGAUAUGGCUCAUAUAUAUCGCAUCUCGUCGUAAACACUGGCGAUCGAGUCAUCCUUUGGUGUACUAAUCAUGAUUUAAGCCAGCUGCAAGGAAAAGUCACCCUAACCUGGGAAAAAAGCCACAAGACCAUACAAGCAGGUGACCCACGGCUGAACACAGUAGCAAAUGGCACUUUAGAACUCAACAAUGUACAGACAGAAGACUGGGGGUUCUAUCGUUGCACUGUCACAGCAAACAAUUUUAAAGUGGUAAACACCACCUACCUUAUCGUCAGAGAAACUUACCAAUAUCGUUACCACACUUUCAACAGAAUGUCUCAUCUACAAACACAGCUCGACGUCGAUUUCUCUCAAUAUGGGUCAUCCGUCUUGUUUCCUGGUUCAGUAUUCACCAAUAGUCCCACAAACGUAGCAGUAGUUGUUGCCUACAAAACAGUGCACAAAGUUCUCAGACUUGAAAGAGAGGCAUCAAGUAAUGAACAAGAAAAGAGGCCAGAUACCUCGAGUAUCGUUUCCGCUAAGAUCAUCCCUCGUCCAACGAGUCCACUGAGAACACCAUUCAAACUGGUUUUUGAUCACAGCAACAAGGUACAAGAAAUUAAAGUUGUGUCAGUUGGUUCAUCCAUGGUUCAUCCAUGUUGUUAA